AUGGCUGUUGGUAAUGUCUUUAAGUGGCUGUUUUAUUUGUAUUUAUUCUCAUCGUACAAGUCGUUGCCUGGUGCCUACUUUAUAAGGUUCUAUUGGCAUAUAUUUCCAUUGAUUUUUAUCCCAUGGUUUACAGGUGCCAAAGAUAGUAAAAUCAUUCGGAAAUUAGCUAACAACAAAUACGGCUGUUUCGCUAAUACAAAUACAGACACUUAUGCCUCGCCCUUUGAAUGUGACUUUUAUUUCCACAAAAAUAAUAGUACUUAUUUUGAAGAAUUGGAUAUCUCUAGAGGUGAAUUGAUGGGAAAAAUCUUCCAGAAAUUACUUUUAAACUCAAAACGGUGGCCAUAUAUUCCUGUUGCCAAUGUUUUCACAAAUUUUCUAAAAGAGAUCAAGCCUUUUGAGAGGUACAGUGUGACAUCUGUCAUUUUGUGCUGGGAUCAAAAAUGGAUCUACGUCAUGAGUAGAUUUACCAAGCAUAAUGGCAAAGUUUUGUGCUCCCUUUCUCUAACAAAAUAUGUUUUGAAAGAUGGCAGAAAGACCAUUAGCCCAAGUGUUGCUCUUGAAUCUUGCGGACUUUACAAUGAAGAAGUGGCAAAAAUCGCUGAAAAAAACAUGAAAUUACUGACCGAACAGUGUGGAUUUCAUGAAACUAAACCUUUGGAAGAGUUAGAUCAUUCAUUCUUCCAAAUAUAG